UGUACAAGAUACAUUCUCCAUCGCAAAACAAACCACCCUAAAUUCCUUAAUAUCCCCAGUUUCGAAAAGAAACUCGACAAUCGCAAUAGGAUAUCCACUAUGGCGUCAAACGCACCACCGCUCACCGGCAUUCGCGUCCUCGAAUUCGCAGGUCUCGCCCCAGGACCCUUCGCGGGCAUGCUCCUGGCCGACUACGGCGCCUCCGUCCUCCGCCUCGACCGAGCCCCCAUCCAACCCUCAAACGACCAGCUGACGCGCCGCAAAACCUCAAUAUGCGUGAACAUGAAAUCCCCUUCGGGCAUCGCGCUGAUCAAGAAGAUGAUUCCGCACGUCGACGUCGUCAUUGAUCCUUUCCGACCGGGAGUGCUUGAGAAAUUGGGUCUCUCUCCUGAAGACGUACUGCUGAAGCUCAACUCGCGGUUAAUAGUCGGGCGCAUGACGGGGUUCCGCCGUGAUGGGAAAUACAGUAUGAUGGCGGGUCACGAUAUAAAUUACAUUGCCGUGAGCGGCGUGCUAAGCUUAUUUGGGCGCAAAGGCGAGAAGCCGUACCCCCCAGGGAACGUGGUGGGGGAUUUCGCGGGCGGAGGCGCAAUGUGCUUUAUAGGGAUCCUGCUCGCGCUCUUGUCGAGAGACAGGACGGGUUUUGGGCAGGUAGUAGAGGCGAACAUGGUUGAUGGGAGUGCGGUGCUGGCGAGUAUGCCGCGACUGGGAUUAAAGACGCCCGUGUGGAGUCGCGAGCGGGGGACGAACAUGUUGGAUGGCGGUGCACCUUUUUAUGCUACGUAUGAGACCAAGGAUGGGAAGUAUAUGGCCGUCGGUGCGAUUGAGCCUCAAUUUUAUGCCGCUCUCCUGAAAGGCUUAGCCCUCAAACCCUCCGACCUGCCCGGCAACCGCGACAACCAGGCAGACUGGCCCAAACUCACCCAAUUCUUCACUGGUGUGUUCAAGAAGAAGUCACGCUCGGAAUGGGAGGUCAUAUUCGACGGAACCGACGCAUGUUGCACGCCCGUGUUUACAAAUGCUGAAUUGGAACAACAAGGGUUCGAUCAGAGGCCUGCCGUAACUUUGAAAUCGACACCGGCCUAUGCAGUACAAGAAGGGGAUUCCGGGCGACCAUCGGCUGUAGGUCAAGGUAUUGGAUGGACGGGAAGUGGCUGGAGCGAGAAAGGAUUGAAGCCUGGGACGGGGGGCGAGGACACACUGGCGCAGUGGUUUGGCUGGACCAAGGGGAGGCAAUACGACAUGGAAAACCAGGGAAUCGUGCUGAAAGAUACUGUUAAGCUAUAA